CCGAGAGCUCUCGCGGGGCCGAGCUUGGAGUUUCUUUGCGCCAGACAACGUUUCUCGAAACAAACGCGUCCAGCAUGUCGAAAACGGUCAACAUCUCCUCGCCGUCGCAGUUCAACGAUGUUCUGCGGGGCUCUAAGCUCGUAGUGGCAAACUUCUACACCGACACAUCCAACGCAAGCCAGCAGGUCGCCGCCGUAUUUGAACAGCUCUCCCAUGCCUUGUCACGCCCGAACCUGGUGACCUUUACCAAGGUCAACACGGAGCAGCAAAAGGACGUCGCGCAGGCCUACAGGGUGACGACGAUCCCCACCUUCAUCAUCUUCCGCAAUGGCAAGGUUGCCGACCGAGUCCAGGGCGCGGACCCCAUAAAGCUGCAGUCCGUUGUCAACAAGCUCAGCGAGGAGGUCCAGAACCUGGCCAGCGGCGGCGGCGAGGCGGGCGGCAGCGGCAGCGGCAGCGGCAGCAGCGAGGCCAACUGGCGGGGCGCCGCGCUGCCGCGCGGUUACAACGACAUCACGGACCAGAUCGAGUUACGGUCCUGCGAGCUGCUCAACGUGGACCCGGACGCCGGGAACGUGCGGGUGCUGUUCGACACGUCCAAGCCGAGCGCGCUGUCGGAAGGGAAGGGCGGCGCCAAGGACUGGGUCGAGAGCGACACGGACGAGCAGCUGCUGCUCUUCAUGCCCUUCCAGUCGAUGCUGAAGCUGCAUACCCUUCAGCUUACGUCCUUGCCUCCCAGCGAUGACGACGACGCAGAGGUCCCGCUGAGGCCCCGGAGAAUCAAGCUCUUCACCAACAAGCCGCACAAUCUGGGCUUCGACGAGGCGGAAGAUCUCAGCGCGACUCAGGAGUUCGAGCUCUCGGAGCAAGAUUGGAAUGCCGAGGGCACGGCGAAUAUCCCUCUGCGCUUUGUCAAGUUCCAAAACAUCACCAGCCUCGUCUUGUUCGUCGUGGAUGGCGACGGUGAUGGGGAGAAGACCAGGUUGGACAGGGUGAGGUUGAUUGGGGAGACGGGUGAGAAGCGGGAGAUGGGCAAGCUCGAGAAGAUUGGUGACGAGCCUGGCGAGUAAGGUGGGUUGGUCGCAAAAAUAUGGGUUGGUCGCCUGCCUGUGAGCGCGACUUUGAGAAAGUUAUGAGUUAUGAUCACAUAGAAGGCAGAUUAUGGCAUGAAUACGGGACGUUAUUAUAGAUGUUAUUCCAGGAAGGCUUCCGUUGAAUGCUGAAUUGCGCGGACGAAGCGCUUU